GCAAUACGGAAGCGUGAGAGAGCUGCUUGUGCUUUACUUCACAGCGCAUCUCCAUCCAGCAGCUCAGCGCCCACCACAGACAUGCAGCCCACCUGCACCUCCUGACCUCUUCCUGACCUGAAACCUUUCCUCAACAAAUGACCCAAAGCCAGGAAACCAAACCAUCACCAUAACCAGCAGCAGCAGCAGCAACAGCCAGCAUGAGUUCCCCUGACAGCCCUGAGCGCCUCACCCCCAGUGAUGUGAGCCACGUCCUGCUGGAGUUUCUCAUGUACAUGGGCAAGGCCAUCCUGCUGCUGUACCCCGUCUACCUGACGGGCUCCCUGGGCCUGAGCAUUAGCUGGGUUCUGCUGAGCCUCCUGGUCUGGAACAUGUGGGAGAAGAACCGCAAGCACAAGGAUGUGAGGAUAGACACAGCCAUAGACUUCUUGGAGAACGAGUUCAAUGUGAUCAAGGGUGAAAUGAAGACCCUCAACAGCCCUGCCUGGAUUCAGUUUGCUGAUGUUGAGAAGGUUGCCUGGAUCAACAAGAUUCUUCAUCAGGCCUGGCCGUUCUUUGGCGUCUUCAUGGACAAACUUCUCAAGGAGAGCAUUCAGAAGUCCCUUCAGGAAUCCAGCCCUCACUUCAAAACCUUCAAAUUCACCAAGGUCCACUUCGGACAGAGGGCUCCAACAAUUACAGGAAUACGAGUGUACACACAUGAAGUAGACAAACGGGAAGUCAUCCUGGACCUAAACAUUGUUUACACGGGGGAUAUGACCAUUAAUGCAGAUGUGAAGUCGCUUGCAGUUGGACUCAAGGAACUUCAGCUUCAGGGGAUGCUCCGCGUCAUCCUGGACCCUCUGAUUGGCCAAGCCCCGCUUGUGGGUGGGGUCACCAUGUUUUUUAUCCGCCGCCCUAACUUGCAUGUAAAUUGGACUGGGGUGACCAAUCUUCUGGACAAUCCUGCAUUCCGUAACUUUUCAGAAACGGCCAUCUUGGACGUCAUCGCAUCCAUCAUGGUCCUGCCGAACCGCCUCUGUUUCCCACUGGUAGACCAAGUCAACAUGGACCAAAUGAGGUUCCCUCUGCCCAGAGGCGUGGUGCGUGUUCAUGUAGUGGAGGCUCAGGAUCUGGUUGCUAUGGAUACGGUGAUGAUGGGUCUGGUGAAGGGUAAGUCGGAUCCAUAUGCAGUUCUGAGGGUUGGCAAUAAACGCGUCCAAACGAAGACCAUCAAGGAGACCCUGAACCCUCGCUGGAAUGAAGUGUAUGAGUUUGUGGUUCAUGAAGCUCCUGGUCAAGACCUUGAAGUGGAGCUUUUUGAUCAGGACACAGACAAGGAUGACUUUCUGGGCAGGUUCAAUCUGGAUUUGGGGGAGGUGAAGAAGGAGAAAGAAAUUGAUAAGUGGUUCAGCCUGCAGGACAUUCAGAGUGGAAAGAUCCAUAUGAAGCUGCAGUGGUUGUCUCUGCAGACGGAUAAGAAUCUACUGAAAGAGGCCACUGAUGGCUGUGCUUGUGCCAUGCUUGCUAUACGCCUAGACAGCGCCUCCGCACUGCCUAAAGACCAAAGUGAAUUCAGCCAGCCUGAUAAACCCACGAAGCAUGCAAAAGAUUCAAAGCUCACAAGAAGACAAACCAACCCCAGCUCCUAUGUGAAGUUCUCCAUAGACCAGCAGAGCCAGAAAAGCAAGAUUGUGUACAACUCCAGAGAUCCUGUGUUCGAGGAGUGUUUCACAUUCUUUGUGCAUAAUGUGGAAAGCCAAGUGCUUAACAUUCAGGUGAUGGUGCCUGAGAAGAAAACCUCUCUGGGCGUGCUCACUCUGCCCCUCAGCCGGCUGCUCAAUGCUUCUGACUUCACUCUGGACCAGCGAUUCCAGCUGGAGCGAUCUGGAGCCAACAGCCAUCUGAAGAUGAAAGCUAUUCUCAGGGUCCUGAAGCUGGAGAAGCCCAAGCCCAAAGUAGAGACUCCUCCAGCAGCCAAUCUGCAAAAGGGACUCAAUGACAAACCCCAGCAAGUCCAACCAAAGCCCACCCAACAGCAGCCCCAACCUCAGCCUCCAGUUCAGUCCUCCCAGCCUGUGCAGAAGGUGCCAGCCUCCACACUGCCCCAGGAACCUGCAGCUACCAUGGAUGGCCCAGUCUUGAACAGCUCCUCAAGUGUGCACCAGACAGCGUACGUCCCUCACUCCCGAAGAGGCUCCUUCCUGGCUACGGAUGGACGACGCUCCAGACCCACCACUCCAUCCCGCAUUCGCCGCUACGACUCUCACAGCCUUCUGUCUGAGAACUCCAUUGCUUCUUCCCGCUUGGACCUUGCCGACAGCACCCCAUACCCAGAAGCCCUCUUAAAUCAUCAAGGAAGCUUUGGCCAGAUCCAGCUGACUAUUCGUUAUGCCACUCUGAGGAGCAAGCUUAUUGUGACAGUCAAUGGCUGCAGGAACCUGUUCCAGUGCAAUGACAGUGGUUCGGAUACCUAUGUUCGCAUUUACCUUCUACCAGACCAGACAUGGAAGCACCGCAUGCGCACACAAGUGAAGAGGAGGACUGUGGAACCUGUGUUUGAAGAGAAGUUUGAGUUUUCUGUGCCGUUGGAGGAUGCCAAGUGCAGGAUGCUGGAUGUUUCUGUGAAGAACAAUCGAAUGUUCACCACCAGAGAACGAAAAGAGAUCGGGAUGGUGCUGAUUGAUCUGUCUAAGACAGAUAUUGUGAAAGGUUCCAUUGAAUGGUAUGAACUCUCUCUCCCUGGACUAAAGAAAAAUGAAGAUCAACCUUCCACAUGAUCAGACUGUUACAGAUUUCUCCAUAUUCUACAGCUGUGUUUACAAAUUCAGUGCACAACUACUUUUUCCUGAUUGUAUAGAUUUAAUAUUUUUACUUUAUUUAUUGUAGGGAUGGAGGUUUAUUUAGUUAUUUGUCAUUUUGCACUCUCUUCUCAAAAAAAAAAACUAGACUAGUGUUUUAGACUAAAAACACUGUAUAAUAUUGUUACUGUCCAACAAAAGCAUGUAUCUUUAAAAGGGUGAUGAGAAGUCAAAAGUGCUUGUAUGUAAAAUAUGAGUUUAUUAAUAUAUUUAAAGCAUUUCUAUUUACCUGUUUAUACAGAAUUAUUGGAAAGCAGAGAUAUUUAUAUCUUUCAUAAACUUUCCACAUUAUGGGCAAAUGGCACUCUGUGAGAAUUUUAUGGUAAGGAUUUUUAUGUAUGUAAUGUUAAUUAAAGUUGAAUCUGAAUGUG